AUGCCUGAAGUUAAUUAUAAAAAAAAAUAUUUUAACUUAGUUCUCGAUUUAAUCAAUUCAUACAUCGAUUAGAAUAAUAAAAUCACAGCUAAAAGCAAGCUACAAUCAUUAAAAUAUACAUUCAAAAAGUAAGAAUAACUUGGGAAUAUGAAAAAUAGGUAUUGCUUAAUUGAAUCGAUUAAAAUAAUAAGUAAUUCUAUUUGAUUAAUUAAAGAAUAAAACAAAUUAGAGAUUAGAUUAAAAAAAGACGAUAACAAAUUAUUUUAAAAUUUAAUAGAGUCCCAGUAUAUUUGA